AUGGAAGACCUAGAAAUUCUCGACAAAGAUAUGACCCUCGCGGCUCUCCCUUCCGUGGUAGCCGCCAAUCUCCGGAGCCAGACCCGACAAGAGCUUGCCUCGUCUCCGAAGACCCCGAUCCUCGUCAUUCUUGACGACGACCCCACCGGCACGCAAACAUGCCAUGACAUCAAUAUCCUCACUGUUUGGGACGUCCCAACGCUGGUGAGCGAGUUCAAGCAAACCAAGCAAGGCAGCGGCUUCUUCAUCCUGACAAACUCGCGGGCCCUGCAUCCCAAACAAGCCAGAGAGCUGAUCAGCGAGAUCUGCAAGAACCUGCAUGUUGCCUCAAAGGAGACAGGUUCCGCUUUCGAAGUCGUCCUUAGGAGUGACUCGACUCUUCGCGGCCACUUCCCACUGGAGGCCGAGGCUGUAGAGCAUGUUCUCGGCGCGGCGGACGCCUGGAUUCUCUGCCCGUUCUUCCUCCAAGGAGGCCGAUACACCAUCAACGACGUUCACUACGUGCAGGAAGGAGACCACUUAGUCCCUGCCGCUCAGACUCCUUUUGCAAAAGACGCUACUUUUGGCUACAAGAGCUCUAACCUGAAAGAUUACGUGGUGGAAAAGUCGAAGGGGGCGAUACCGAAAGAGAGGACCCUGUCAAUCAGCUUGGAUACGAUUCGCACUGGUGGAGUUGGUGCCGUGCUAGAUCAACUCCUUCAAGGCAUUCAAGGACCCCAGCCUGUCAUUGUAGUCAACGCUGCUGCUGACGAGGACAUUGACGUCGUUGUGUCUGCAUUGAUAAAAGCUUCAGAUUUGGGAAAACGAUUCCUCUUCCGAACGGGAGCCGCAUUCGUCUCUGCUCGACUAGGAAUCCCUCCAAUUCCCCCUAUCUCUGUGGGUCAGUUGCAUUUGACAAGAGAUGUGGGUGGCUUGAUCAUCGCUGGCUCCUACGUCCCAAAGACGACGGCGCAGCUUGAAUCGCUGCGAAACCUAGCCAGCAAGGAUCUCACUAGCAUUGUUCUCGACGUCCGCAAGCUCCUUCAGUCGACCGGAGACGCAUCAAGAGAAGUUCAAAGGGCCCUUGAAACUGCAGGGGCAGAAAUCAAGAGAGGUCAGGACGUCCUUGUCAUGACAAGCCGAGAGCUCGUUGUUGGAGACGACGAAGCCAAGAGCCUUGACAUUGGGUCCACAGUCGCCCGGGCUCUGGUAUCUUUUUUAGAAAAGCUUGAGCAAAAGCCUCGAUACAUCAUUGCCAAGGGCGGCAUCACGUCCUCAGACAUGGCUACCAAAGGGUUGAGGAUGAAACGCGCUCUCAUCGUUGGCCAAGCCGCCCCGGGUGUUCCGCUGUGGAGGUGUGAUGAGCCCGAGUCGAAGUGGGCUGGUCUUCCCUUCGUCGUGUUUCCAGGUAAUGUUGGCACUAAUGGGACCAUGUAUCAAGUAGUCAAGGGAUGGAGAGAUUAA